AUGAAUAUAAAAUGGUUACCAAAUAUAUCUCUUCUUAAUUAUAAAAAAAAAAAUGGAAAACAGAAUUUUGUGAGGAGCCGCAAGAGGUUUCGUACCAUAACAUGGAAAUACACCAAAACAAUUGGUCCCUUUGCUUCGUUUAUAUAUAUAUUUAACCAGAGCAUAGGAUCAGGCCUAUUUGACAUUCCAAGCUUAAUAAAUGAAGUAGGAUGGAUCCCCGUGAUUUUCGGAAACCUGUUCGUCUGUUCAGUGGCUGUUUUUUGCAGCCUCAUGAUAUUAAGAGCCAUGACGAUGAUACCAAAGAAUAAGAAUUUUGAGCAGAGAAUAGAGUACAGUGCAGUUAUAAAAUAUUUCAUGUCCAAUGAAAAAUAUAAAUUUGUUUCCUUUCUCUAUCACUUAGGAAAUUUAUGUAAUAAUAUUUGUGGCAUACUUGUCAUAUCAAAAAUAGUAGACAUCUUUAUUAUUAAAUUAUUUGGAAGUACAAUUUUAUUUCAAGUGUAUCCUCAGAUAAAGGUGUCUAAGUGCUCUCUGUCUCUUUUGGAUUCCAUGUACAAUGGCUAUUAUUACUCCAGCACAGGCCACUACGAAACGGUGGUCAUUGGUGGGGUUACCAUAGGUUACAUUAUUAAUGCAAUUAUAUGUAUACAGUUAUCAUCCAAAGGGUUGGAAGAAACUAUAAAUUAUCAGUAUGUUGUUUUUAUGAUUUUUAUGACGUCAUUUUUGUAUCUUUCCGUUUCCUCCACUAUAUAUUUGCUCUCCCAGAAUUAUAUGGACCAAAAUGGGUCACUGGGCAAAGUGGAUGUAUAUAACAAUUUAAUAUUAAAUAGGGCUCAUUUAGAAACUGAUUUGAUGAAAUUUUAUCGCAAGUAUAAAGAAAUAAAUCAUGUUCCGAAAAAUCCCCAGUUGUGUAGAGUUGAUCCAUUUUUUGAUCAUUGCCCAGUUAUGGACAAGUUGGCAAGAAAUCCCUUUUCACUAAAAACUAGCGAAAAUGAAAAGGUGGUUAGAAGGAAUCAUGAUUUGAGAAACUUUCAGAAGGAGGUACAAAAGGGUUCACUACAGAGAAGAGGCAAAGUAUUCACCUGCUCCUGUCUUUCCCUAAACCCUUUGUACCAAAAGAAGGCAUACAUUUUUCGCAAUAGUAUUUUUUACUUCACGGUGUCCAGUUGCUUAUACAGAUUAAAUAUCAAGAAUGCUGCCUCGUUGCAACAUUUUUAUUCAGCAUACAAAAUUUAUUACUCACCGAAGAACAGGAGUGGGAGAGUUGAAAGUCGAAAAAGGCAUGAGUGGAGACAUACCAAAAAGGGGGAGAUGAAAAGGGAAGAACAGAAGAACAAUCACAUAGGGGACAAAUUUAGCGGGGUAAAUUACCCUAACAGGGGAGAACAAGUGCAGAAACAAAACAAAAUGUUCUUUACAAAUUUGUACUACAUGAUAAGCAGGAUAGAAGGAAUCAAAAGCUACUGUAUGGGAAAAACCUUCGCCAAUUUUAUUGACUCUUACGGAUUCGUGAGUAACAUCCCAUCGUGGGGAAAUGAAAUAACGGAUGAUGUAAAUGUAUCCAAGUCUAUCUGGGUCACAGUCAUUUUGAGCAGUAUUUUCUACUUUAUAUUUGGCCUUAUAUUUUGUCUGAACAAUUCGUUUCAGAAAAUUAACACCUCAGUUUUGUACCUCUUUAACUUUGUCGCUGUAGCCCCUAAGGUCAUCACCGGUUCUAUAUCCAUGCGUUAUGAUUUAAUGAAUUUGGACAUAUGCUCUGAUAACGCCGCUUUUUUUUUCGGAUGCAUUGCUCCUUUUUUAUCUGCAUGGAUAUUUUCGAAUAGCAGGAUUUUUUCAGAUGCAUUUAAUUAUACAAGCCUAAUUUGUGGGCUAUUUUGUAAUUUUCUGUCUCCCGCAUUUGCUUACAUAUCAGCAUGUGAAAGAAACAAGUCCUUUUACAAAAACCCAUUAAGAAAGUAUACAAUUGUGAACAGGAAAAAGACAGUCUUUUCCAGCAGUUCGGACAUUCGAAAGGCUCUAGGCAAUAUAAUCGAUACGUUUGACGACAAUGAUGAAGCGCGCGAGGUAGAGGACAGCGAUAAUGAGAUGGAGAAGGAGAAGGGGAAUGAUAAUUAUCAACUGCAAUGUAAGGAUGGAGAGCAGGAAGAGGAAGAGGAAGCGGCACUAGGGUACAGAAGAUCCUUGUCCUUAAAUCGGUAUGCCAAUGAGAGAGAAUCAAAAUGUUCUUCCAUUAGCAGAAGCUCCUACUUCAAAUUCGUAAACGGAGAGUGCUUACCGAAAAGCUACUCCCACAACAGCACUGGGCGUGACUCCCUAUCAGAGAGAAACUCAAGUGAUUUUAAAUUAUCAAAUAAUUAUAACAGCAGUGCGGGGGUAUAUGAACAAGGAGACACAACCGAAGAGCAGCCACUUCUCAUAAACAGGGAUGAGCAGAAUGGAGAUGGCACCAAUAACAGUGUUUGUUUGGGAAAAAAGGAGAAGAAAAAGAAGAAAAAAGGCGUGAUGUUUUCAGACGAAAUAGAGGAGUGCUCUUCACACGAAUUUUUCAAGUCCAAAAGGGUUUACAGUUCUGGUGAAAAUGGAGGGGAAACGGGGGACACUCUGGGUAGCGAUCAAUAUACAAAAGGGAGCCACUCCAAACAUAACGACAUUUGUGCAGAAGGAACAGAGAUGUCCUUUUUGAAGCAGCUCAGCCGAACAAACCAACAUAACGACACAUGGGGAAGGGAAAAUAGCUCCUAUGGAAUUGUAGAAGAUGUUAAGAUGCAAAAAGUAAAAAAGGUAAAGAAAAAAUUAAUGUUUUCAGAUGAGGUUCAAUUGUGCAAUGACGUAGACGAAACUUCAGAAAUGAAAAGAAAAAAUUCCAAAGGAGUAACAUUUAAAGAAGAAUCAAAGGAACAACUCGCUAUGGAAGAUGAAAAACAUACGAAAAAGGAAAAAUCGUUCUCGCCCAAUGUGCAACUUUACAGUGAAGAAGUACACGCAAGGAAAAAUAGCCAAUUUAGUAUAAUGGUAAAUGAUGAAGCAGUGCGUGAAAAAAAAGGGGAACAAAGAGGAAACAUGAAUCCAACAAGUGACACUGAAAAUGUGGUAGACAAUAGGAACAGUGAGGGGCUCGAAAAUUUUCCAUUUGAGUACGAAAAUGGAGAAGACACUGAGUCGGUGGAGCCGCAAAAGGGAGAGCCAGUUUUACCAAGCACUAACGAGAAUGAACAACAAACUGGGCAAAUCAUAAAAAAGGCAUCUGCAGAUUUGCAUCAACCUGUGGUGGAAAGCGUCAACAAACCAUAUUCAGCGCAAGUUUCCCCCCUAUAUGAAAUAAGAAUUAUAAGUAACAAUGCGUGCGUAGCGAGUGGCGGAGAAAAGGCAAAAGGGUGCUUAAAUGACACUGUUGACCUUGUCGAUCAAAACGGAACAGAAGGAAAACAUUCAGAACAUGUACGUACGCUCGGUGCAGAAAAAAUAAAACUUAAAGAAAAGGAGAAGAAAGGAGGAAACGUUCUUUGUGUCCAUUUCGAGGAACAUGCACAGAAAGAAAAUGCGACGUUGUCCGAAAAUAUAAACGCAACAAUUAAGAACACUAUAAUACCGUAUGCGCGAAAUUUUAGCGACUCCGCAAUAAAUUACGAUGCCAUGAAUGAAAUGGAAAGAGAGGAAGUGAGAGAAAAUGAGGUCAUAAGAAAAAACAGGAGUUUCGAACAGCACGAACAAGUCUUUAAGCGUCAGAGGGAGAAACUAAAGUCCCACUACAAAUACACCAUAUCGGAUGCGCUAGAAAAUUUUAUUAAGAGCACUUCAAAAAGGUUCGAACAAGAGAACGAACUGGGAGCAUCUAAUGGGAAUAACCUAGGGGUGGGUUCUACCAAUGACAAGUGCUUUGUCGAAGACACGCUCGUUGAAGAAGCGGAUGAUACUCUUAAUAAAGAAAACACAUUUUUUUCUUUUGAAAAGGAUGAUGCUGUUACUAUUCCGAAUGUUGUUCUAGACAAAACCUGUGAAAGUAAUAGUCACAUUGACAAAGACUGGAUUGGAAGCAAAAGGGUAUCCUUGUUGGAGCCAAUCCAACAGGUGCAAGUAAACGAAACAGGGAAUUUCGAGCAUAAAGCCAUGGAAGGAAGGACGUAUAGCAUUCAUUUGAGGAAAGAAAACUCAAAGGAUGAUGAAAUUUUAAAGAAUAAUCUGAAAGAUUUAAGUGGAGAACAGUAUUUAAACAAGAACAGUUCGCAACUAGGGCAGUCGUUACACGUAAGCCAAAUGAGAACAGAUCACAUUGGGGGAAACUCAAAAAGUUUUCAUUUCGAUGAUGUGUUGGCUCCUGAAAUUUCCAACAAUCGUGAGGCUAACAUGAACAUGUGCAAAAUAAAUCUGCUAAUAAAUAACACCAGCUACAGAGAUGAACGAGACGCUCUGCUUAAGCAUUCCAAGUCGGAUGCACUAGCGGGGGAGAAGCAGCAUAACUUCAGUGCCCUUUCAACAGAACAAGGUGAAAAUACUCAUAGUGGACAGAAUUCUCCAUAUUUGAGAGAGCACAAAGAUGAUCUGCUUUCCUUUUCAUUUCUAAACAAUUUUAACAAACAAAAGUGUGCAUCAUGUGAAAUUAUAUCGCUACCUGAGCAUGGUGCUAUGCCGCAAAGAAAAAUGAAAAGUUUAUAUCACCAGGAUUCUGUGAACGAGAUGGAUAACUGCAAUGAAGAGCUUCAUAAGAAGAACACCCUUUUUGUUAGGCAAAGGAAAAAAUUAAAAUCUUCCUUUCAUGCAAACGGGGAUAUGAUAAUAGGCAAUCAUAAAGAAGCAAUACACAAAGAACAAAUUAACGAAUUUAGAAAACAAAUAAGCAAAGAAUCGUGUAUAUUCAAUUAUUACGAUGAUGAGAAAUGCACAGAUAUAGCGCAAGGGGGGGAGGCGAGUCAAAUGGAUAAAGAGAAGGUAGAUCAAGUGAUGACUAAAAACCAAGUUGCUGAAAACAAUGCAGAGUUAGAAAUACCAAUACUACAUAUAAUGAAAUCGUAUGAAGAGGAAACAGCAAACCCAAACGUAGAUGUGGCAGUGAAAGAUUUAGUGAAAUAUAAAUCCACAGCAGACCCAAGACGAAAAACGUGCUACAAAUUUGAGGACAUUUCGAAAUUGAUUAGUGGUAUAGAUCUGUGUGAAUUCGAAUCUGAACAAAAUGAGAUGGUAGAUUUAAGGCAGCACAGCGUGGGAGCCAAUAAUGAGGCAAUGCAGGGUGAAGAUAGCGCAGAUCAUUUCUCACCGCCUGCGAAUGACGCAAAUUUGGAAUGCAAUAAAUGUGUUAACUUUAACGAGGAGAAAGACCCAUCUGCAGAAAUCGAAAAACCAGAUGUUGUAAAAAAACUCGAAAAAAUAUACUCCGCAUUGUCAACUAAAUUGCAUUCGGAAAAUCCAGAAAUGUGCACAAAUGAAGAUCAUGAUCAUACGGACUGUGUUGAUUUUCGCUGUUUUAAAAUUAUAGACAAUGUUAGCCCCGUCAAACAUUAUUACAAUACUUUCCGUAGAAGUAAAAUUUUAGAUUCGAAAAAAUAUGAUCAUUUUUAUUCAAACAACUUUGUGAUAGAUGAUAAAACAAAUAUGGACCACCUCUGUUCCAUUUUUUUAUUUGGAAAUCCUUUGGAAAGAAAUGAAAAAUAUGCGGAUGAUAAUAAUAAUAAUAAAAGCGUAGAUGCAGGUGACAAACAGAAAGACACGACUAGCGAUGCUCAGAACGAAAAGUUGAACCAAGAAGACAGGUGCAAUUCUACUGUUACUUUUGAGCACCAAAAAGAAAACACUAUUUCUACUUCAGGUUUGCAUGAAGAAAAUGGUCUUCUUAUUAAACGGUCCUUUUCUGGAAGUUUAGAAAGUCCCAGUGGAAUACUCAAGGGAUGUAUAUUUGAAAAAAGUGACCUAAGCGGCAGUGGCGUUCUUUCUCGAAGGAAACCCAACUUAAAAUUUAGCCUCAAUGAGGAAAUUAUAAACACGGAGGAGUUAUAUGACAUAUUUCGCAGCAACGACAUCGUUGGAGACGUGAGGAAAAACUCUGACAAAAUAGAAGUCAUGAAAAUUAGGAUUCAUGUGUACCCAGCCCUUCUCCAAAAAUACCAUGUAGAAACAACUUACUUGUUACUGGGAUGUCUAACAGUUUUUUCGUUCGUCGGUAUUAUAACCGAUUUUUUAUUUGGUUAA